AUGACAGAAGAACCUUCCGCUGUGCCUGAUGCAUGGGACGUUUCUCAGAUUAUUUCACAAAAGAACAAAGUAGCGAUCGUGACCGGUGCCAAUUCUGGUCUCGGAUACGAAACCGCAUUGCAAUUGGCACUUCGAGGGGCUCACGUGGUCUUAGCUUGUCGAAACAAAGCAAAAGGCCACGACGCUGAAAGCAAAUUGAAGAAAACGUUGAAUCGUCAGUCCGAACAUGGAUCUGUCUCAUUUAUGCCAUUGGAUGUGAGUGACUUGACAAGUGUUUCCACCUUUGUAAAAACGUUUAAACGGGUUCAUACUCGAUUGGAUUUACUUGUGAAUAAUGCUGGUGUAAUGGGCGGGUCCUAUGCUUUGUCAGUAGACGGAUACGAACGCCUGUUUGCAACCAACCAUUUGGGCCACUUUGCAUUAACGGCUCAGUUGUUUGACUUGUUGAAGAAAAGUGAAGCUUCACGUGUGAUAAAUGUCAGUAGUGGCUUACACAAGAGAGGAGAAGCUAGUUUCAAUGAAGAUGAGAUCAUGGCUACAAGUGAAGACAAGUUUGGACAAUGGCAGACGUACGGAGAGACGAAAUUGUGCAACAUUUUAUUCACAAUUGAAAUGGACAGACGGCUUAAAGCUGCGGGGAUUACAAAUGUGAUUGUAAUAGCCUGUCACCCUGGGUAUGUCGCCACGAACUUGGGCGCGAACAUGGCGGCGGCGAACAACAAUUGGAUUUACUGGCUGGUGAUUAAGUUGAUAACCUUCUUACCGGGCGGAAAAGAUCCAUUGAUGGGAGCAAUGCCGACGUUGUACGCUGCUACGGGAAGUGAAGUAAUUGGUGGCGAUUAUAUUGGACCGAAGGACAGAGGUACUGGAGAACCGGCUCGUCAUGAACCAGCGAAUGUUUGCAAGUCCGAAUCUGCUGGUUUGAAGUUGUGGGAAUAUAGCGAGAAGUUGGCGAAGUUGACGUUUACUAUCUAG